GCCAGUAGGAGGCAGUAAUGCAACGAGCAGGAUGCCAACUGCCGUAAAACCGUAAAUACGCAGAAGAAGACGUGGCGCAGCGGCAAAACAUGGCGGCCCCCUCAAAGAAAGUUUUCGAGGUCUUCGUCUCUAAAAUACCAUGGACUAUAGCCAGCAGGGAGAUGAGGGAGUACUUUGGACAGUUUGGCCCAGUGAAGAAGUGUCUUCUUCCAUUUGAUAAAGAAACAGGCUUCCACAGAGGCUUCUGCUGGGUCGGAUUCUCAACAGAGGAAGGACUGAACAAUGCACUUCAGAAAGACCCACACAUGCUGGAGGGAGCAAAGCUCCAGGUUCAGAGGAACAGACGUCCAUUUGCAGGGCAGAGGUCAAACAAAGACAGUGAAUAUGACUGAAACUCUGAUACUCCUGCGUGGAUGAGACACGCUAACGUGGGCUAGUUUAUUCUGGCCCCAAUUCACUAAGACUAUUUGUGAUUGCUGUUUUAUAUUUAAACCUUUUCAAUUCUGUUUGUGACAUAAUGAAAACUUAGAACAGUCUACCAGUGUUGGUGUAUAUAUUUCUAUGCUGAAGUAUAACCCAGGUGUUCAUCCUUAAUACACCUUUAAUUUGGACCUCACUAUUAUUGCCAAUGCAUUGUAUAAAAGUAAUGUUUGUUUUUUUGUCAGUGAUAAGAGUUUUACUUUAACCAUCCUGUCACACAUCUGUUGUUUGGCAAUAAAAAGAUUAAAUCC